GCCGUAGCGGGCGGUGGUCUGAUACCCGCGGGCGCCACUCCCCCCGGGUUGAGGCCUGCCAGGUUACCGGCGGGACUUGGGCAUGCCCCGGGCGCCGCCGCUCCUCCGCCCGAGACCGGGAAAGGCAUUGACCAGCGCUACUUGGAUGAAUUUGACCAUCUCUUAGAAAUGAGUAGUAAGUUUCCAUGAAUGAAUAAAUCAGUUCUUUCUUGUCUGGAGCAAUGCUGAAAUUCCAAGAGGCUGCUAAGUGUGUGAAUGGAUCAACACUCAUUUCCAAUUAUCCAGAGAGCUUGAUAGCAAGAAGAUAUGUGCUUCAACAGAAACUUGGCAGUGGAAGUUUUGGAACUGUCUAUCUGGUUUUAGACAAGAAAGCCAAACAAGGAGAGAAACUAAAGGUACUGAAGGAAAUCUCUGUUGGAGCGCUAAACCCAAAUGAGACUGUGCAAGCCAAUUUGGAAGCCCAACUACUCUCCAAGCUGGACCACCCAACUAUUGUCAAGUUCCAUGCAAGCUUUGUGGAGCAAGAUAAUUUCUGCAUUAUCACAGAAUACUGUGAGGGCCGAGAUCUGGACCAUAAAAUUCAGGAAUAUAAGGAAGCUGGAAAAGUCUUCUCAGAAAAUCAAAUAACAGAAUGGUUUAUCCAGCUGCUACUGGGAGUUGACUACAUGCAUGAGAGGAGGAUACUUCAUCGGGAUUUGAAAUCAAAGAAUAUAUUUUUGAAAAACAAUUUACUUAAAAUUGGUGAUUUUGGAGUUUCUCGACUCCUAAUGGGAUCCUGUGACCUGGCCACAACUCUAACUGGAACUCCCCAUUACAUGAGUCCUGAGGCACUGAAACACCAAGGAUAUGAUACAAAGUCAGACAUCUGGUCACUGGCAUGCAUUUUAUAUGAGAUGUGCUGCAUGAAUCAUGCAUUUGCUGGCUCCAAUUUCUUGUCUAUUGUUUUAAAAAUUGUUGAAGGAGACACACCUUCUCUCCCUAAGAGAUAUACAAGAGAACUAAACUCCAUCAUGGAAAGCAUGUUGAACAAGAAUCCUUCAUUGAGACCAUCUGCUAUUGAAAUUUUAAAACUCCCUUACAUUGAUGAACAGCUACAGCACCUGAUGUGUAGAUAUUCGGAAAUGACUCUGGAAGACAAGAAUUUGAAUUGUCAGAAGGAGGCCGCUCAUAUAAUUAAUGCCGUGCAAAAAAAGAUCCACCUGCAGACUCUGAGGGUUCUGUCUGAAGUGCAGAAAAUGACGCCACGAGAAAGGAUGCGGCUGAGGAAGCUACAGGUGGCUGAUGAGAAAGCAAGGAAGCUGAAAAAGAUUGUGGAAGAAAAAUAUGAAGAGAAUAACAAACGAAUGCAAGAAUUGAGGUCUCGGAACUUUCAGCAGCUGAGUGUUGAUAUCCUCCGUGAACUUGAUGAACCAACUUCAGAGAAGCUGCCUGAGUCUCAGCCUGUUUCUUUCCUGAACUUCAGUGAAUUGAAGUCAACUGCAGAGGACUCUACAGCUGACCCUGGACAUCACGAGAUCCCAGAAGACCCACUUGUGGCUGAAGAGUAUUAUGCUGACAUGUUUGAUUCCUGUUCUGAAGAGAGUGAGGAGGAAGAAGAAAUAGUUUUCUCAGCAUCAGAGGGAGAGGUCAAGGAUGAGGGACCCCAGCCUCCUUACAGAACACACCAGCAGGACAGUGAUAUUGAAGCAUUGGCCAGGUGUUUGGAAAAUGUUCUAGGUUGCACCUCUCUAGACACAAGGACCAUUGCCAGUACAGCUACAGACAUGUCUCCAGGACCAAAAGUUUUCAACAGCGCAGUGGCUGGGACCAGGAUGAAACGCAUCAAGGAAUCAGCCAUACAGAAGCUGGGGACAGAGGUAUUUGAAGAGGUCUAUAAUUAUCUCAAGAGAGCAAGGCAUCAGAAUGCCAGUGAAGUAGAGAUUCAGGAGCAUCUCCAGAAAGUGGUGCCUCGGGCCAGCGACUGCUUUGAAGUGGACCAGCUCCUUUACUUUGAGGAGCAGCUGCUGAUCACAAUGGGAAAGGGGCCUACUCUCCAGAGCCAUUACUAAGCAACUCUCAAAAACAAGCUGAAGUUCAAGUGGACAACUUCCUGUGAAAAUCCAUUAAACAUAGAAGCUGGACUCUGUAGUGGGAAACAAGUAUAAAACUGGAGCUGCCAUCUUUACUUUCAAUUCCUUGUCCAGAGUAGUAAACAUGGCUGUCAGAGUCAUACGUGUUGUUUAGACUAUGGCUGAGAAAAUGUAUAGCUCAAAUCUGGCUUCUUGAAAAGCAUUUCUCUCAUGUGCUCUCAGGGCUUUCAGGAGGGUGGAACCACCCUGACAGUGGUCUGGGAGAAGAUGCAUGCUCUUUAUCAUUCUCAAUUGAAGGACAGAACUCAGGGCCUGUCUGGGCUUUCUAUGGAUUAUGGGCAGACUGCUUGUGAUGGUCACUGGACACCAGACUCUAACGUGCUGAGCUGCAGCUAAGGAUACAGACAUACCUAUCUCAGCUGUCCUAUUUUUGGUUUACUUUUGCCACAGGGUUAAAAAUGGAAAAUAUGAUCUUAGCACUCUGAGAGGCCUACUCAGAUGGAUUUCUUGAGCUCAGGAGUUCAGACUGAUAAGGUCAAACCCCAUCCAAAUAGGGUGGACUCACCUAAAAGAAUCAACCCCCUACCCUUUCGCACUGGAUGUUCCACCUAAGAAAGGUAAAUGGGUCAACCUCCAACCCUACCCCACCAGAUGUCCCACCUGGGAAAGGUUAUUGGGCCA